AUGAGCGAAGACAACGGUCACCCAACGCGUGAUGGAGAUCAGAACCAACGCCGUACUAAUCAUACCGUAAACGAAAGUCAACUCGAUGACGGUUGCGAUACAAAUUCUAGACCCCAGCAGCCACUAGGCGACGUUACUGAUCCCGGUGGUGAAGAUCAAGAUAUGCAUCCGUCAAUACAUCUUAUACCUGCUAGCGACAGGCAUGAAACUCAGUAUACCCCCCAGUCGACACAUCGCGGAUCUGGUAGUGACAGGGAUGACGAUCAGAAUGCUUAUCAGUCGACACAGCUCAUAUCCGCCAGCGGUAGAGAAUCAACUGCGCCCACCCCUGGAUCUUCAGUGACGCAACGUAAUACAGGUGUCACCAGACCACCAUGGCUAUCAUCAAUUUGGGCCCGUCCGCGAGCUACUAUCGCUGUUAUCAUUGUGUUCUAUCUUACUGUCACUGCGAUCUCACUGCUUAUCACAACGUUGUUCAAAGCAAGCUUAGUCGCCAGUGUAGGCCUUGCAUUCACACAGCACCUAUGGAGGAUAUUUCGACAAAGACUCCUGCGUAUCGCUCAGAUUGAGCAGCUGUUCCAGAUUCGCUCAAACCCCCUUGAGUUGGCUAAAGUCAAGAUCGUGAAAGAUGCGCCUUUCCUGUUUCUCAUGGCUAUUUUCGCUUGGCUCUUACCUCUGGCGGUGAUCUAUCCACCGUCAUCUCUCACGGUAACUUCGAGGCCGUACUCUGAGAUGAGGAAUAUCGAUCUCUCGGUAAUGAAUCUACCUCCACCGGAAGGUCUCGAUGCUCUCCAUCCGAACUAUACUUCUGUUCCUAGUCUCGCGUAUCUGCGUCGGGCUUCCAUGCCAAAAGAUGGAGAGCUGGAGUACGAUAACAAAAACGCAAUAGUUUCCUACGAUUACGUUCAACCUUCGAAGCCGCUUCUCAGCCUGGCAAAAUUAGGUCUGCUAACUGGAGAGAUAUUAGAGUUUUCAUCGCCAAAAAGCGAGAACAUGAGUUACUCUAUCGAGUACCGAACAUUACAGGUUUCUUGUAAACAAGAGACGCAAAACUGGACAUACUUUGAUGACAUGACCAGUGAGUCAUGGAUGUUCACAAUCGACUGGAAAGACACGGUUUCCAAGGUGCUUCCACCACCUCUCCUGAACAUCAGCACGAUACGCUAUCCUGGAAUAUAUAGUCACAACUAUACCUCAAGGAUCUACGAGUAUGCUGUAAACACUGAAAGCCUGAUCUGCGAGCCUUUCUCGGCACUUCUGAGCGUAAACAUCUCAUAUCCUCGAGGCGUGCGACAUAUUGAUCAUGUUUUGAAGGACGUGGGCCCAAUACCUGACGUCACUCAGAGUGCUUAUUUCUUUCCCUAUGGAAUUGGAAGACCGUGGCCAAACAUCUCCGAUGUUCCUAUUAACACUCCGGAAUACGAAGAGUGGGUUUCGACUACUAAGGACCACCUCACCAACUGGGAUAUAUAUGCACCAAUGGUCACCUCUUUUCGAAGUCUGGAGUACAGAUGGGAGGGUUAUGUGGGUAGGCUUGCCGAAUGGAACAAGACCGACUGGAACGGGACAUUGGUUCCGUUCAUUAACAGUACGGGCAUUCUUGCUGUCGAUACUAUGAUUGAAUGGUCUGCACUCAACACGCAACGAUACAACGUUACUUCCGUGUACAAUACUGAGCGGGAAAACCCAUGGGAUGUUGGUUGCAUGAUCAACGAUUUCCUCAUCAACGUGAGUAUCUCCGCACUCACCCUCGACACAUGGCACGCCCCCUACCCAGUCAACAUUACCGAGUAUCGCACCACAUAUCAUUUCUCCAGGCCGAUCGACUUGGUAAUAUCAUACGCGUUGUCAUUCGGGUUAGCACUGGUCUUCCUUGUCUUGGGUAUCUGGUCACUCAUGGCGAACGGUGUUCCUGCGACCGACGGAGGUUUUCUGCAGGUCGCGACUGCGACAACGGGACGCACAGAGAUGAGUAAGCUCAUUGGGAAGGAAGAAAAAGAAUGCGAUGAAGACCGUGUCAGAAAGGAGUUGUUAGGCAUGAGGAUUCGCUACGGAGAGCUUGUAGAUGAAGGUGGCAUAGGCACAGUUUAUAGGAGGGGUGAACGCUCGAUCACUAGUAACUUAGGCGAACUUACGAAGAUAAGCGUGAAGCCUUCUAUCACCUGCACCGAUUCCUCGGCGGAAAAACCAGACUGCUCGUGCACUUGUACAAACGGCAUCGUCUUCGAGCAACCCCUCCACUGGACUUCCCAGAAUGGCUCGGGCAACCCUUCCGACAAUUGCCAGUCAGAUCAAGAUAAAUGGCUCGAGCGCGAACAAGAGUUGGUGGCUGAAAUUGCUAAGAAAGAGCACGAGCAUCACGAAUGCGAGCGAGAGCUUUUGGCAAAACUAAAUGAACAGCAAGCAAAGUCCUUCAGUUACCAGGGCUGCUAUUUCGGUGUUAGUCCAAGGAAAUUCUUGGUUGAUAGCCGAAUCGAGGACAGUGCUAUGACAAUCGCCAAGUGCGCGACCUAUUGUCAGGCUUUUCCGCACUUUGCCGUUACAAACUUCAAAGUAUGCAUGUGUGGUAAUGCUAUCAAAGAUCCGACACAUGUGGUACCACCUGCGGAAUGCGAUUCCGCAUGUCCAGGUAAUAAGAACGAGAUGUGUGGAGACCUCUUUCCGCCCAUAAAAAGAGCGUACCUUACUUACAUUUGA